AUGCGAUAUCAAGAACAAGAUCAGCAGUCUUUUUAUGAAGAUCCGUCGAAUAUUGUUGGACGUGAUAAAUUACGUGCAUCAUGUACGAAUUAUAAUGAUGGUGAACUCGACUGGAUUAGUGAAGAUGAAUAUGAAUUUGAUGGACGUCCAUUGUACAAUGAUUCUCCGAUUUCUAUUAAUUCUGCUAUUCGUCAAAUAAGUGAUUUUUACUUGAAUGCAAAUUUAGACAAACAUAAAGUCAACAGCUUACUUCGAUUAAUUAAAUGUUUAUUACCGAAACCAAAUUUAUUACCAUCAACAUGGAAAGGUGUUCAAAAAUCGUUUCAUCGUGUUACAUCAGCUUCUACCACUUUACUUUGUGAUAGUUGUUAUCGUUCAUGUAGUUCGUAUGGUAGAAAUUCCAAAACAUGUGUGAAUCCAAAAUGUACAAAAUCAUUUCGUCGACUUCAGACGACAGAAAUCAUAGAAAUUGUUCGAUUUGAUAUCAUAUCUCAAAUACAAUCUAUUAUGAAUCGAAAUGCUUCAUUUAUAAAUAAAUCAAAGUUGUUUCCACCAAGUGAUAUUUGUUUUGCGGAACAAUAUCAAUAUAUAUGAGUAUGGAGUGCAGAUUAUAACAAAGUUCUUUAUCCAUAUUCCAGUAAUGAUUUUGUACCUCGUACACAUCAUGAAUAUCUUAUAGCGGCUAAAGAAGCUGUACGCAAGUCUAAUGGUAGCAAAGAAGUAGCUGUAAAUGGCAUUAAACGUCCUUCACCUUUAUUGAACAUAUUUAAUUACCCCACACAAAUCAUAUAUGACUUCAUGCAUUUAGUAUGCUUAGGACACAUUCCAUCAUUAAUUAAUCGAUGGUGUUCGAAUAUGAACAAAAAAGCAAUAUUAGAAAUCGACAAUAAAUUACGAAAUCUAAGUAUUCCUCAUAAUAUAAGAGUUACUUUUCUUGAAUCUAUUCAAAUGGCAUCACAUUGGAAAGCAAAACAUUCUCGAUUGUUUGUUCUUCAUGUUGGUGUGCCGAUAAUGGCAAGUUAUCUUCCUACUCUUUGGUUUUCUCAUUUUAUAAUUUACUCACUGGCUAUUAAACUCUUAUACUCUCCAGAAACAAAACAAGAAAUAUUACUUGCUGAACGACUACUUGAUUUUUAUUGUCGUACAUCUUCGAAUGUUUACGAUUCAUCGAUCGAAAUCUUUUCUCUUCAUGCACAUCUACAUCUUUCUUAUCAAGUUCGCUUGCAUGGUGGUCUAGCACACACGUCAGCAUUUGCUUUUGAAUCUAUGAUUCGUUACAUAAAGAAAAAAGCUCAUGGUAGUAUUAAUCCAGCAUCACAGAUUGCAUAUUGGAUAAAUAUGAGACGUGCUACACAAUCUAACAAAUUUAAUUUACCAAUAGAUCGUCUCAUUAAUGUAAUUCAAUAUAAAUAUACGAAAGAUAGAUCAUAA